GUGAUACAUACAUACUAGAUCUACUCUACUCUACAUAACUCUUCUACUAUCUACCAACCUACCUCCCAACCAACCAACCAACCAACACAAACCAAACAAAACCACCACCACCACCAAAAUGAAGUUUCAACUCACCGUCCCCCUUCUAACCGCCCUCCUCGCCUCCCCUGCGCUCUCCAACCCCGCCCCGGAACCUGACGCCAUCUCCGCCGCGCUCUCCGACGCCGGCACCAUCGCCACGGCGGCCAUCUCCGCGGGCAACACGAUCGCGACAGCCGCCAUAUCGGGCGCGGAAUCCAUCGCCUCGGACGGCGCGUCCGCAGCAAGCGACGUCGCGACGGCGGCGCGGUCGGACGCCUCCGCCGCCGAAUCAUGGGGUUCGAGCGUGGCGUCCGACGCACAGUCGCGCGCGUCGGAGAUACGCUCGGAUGCGCAGUCGCGCGCGUCGGACGUCGCCAGCGAGAUCACCUCCCGGUGGGAGAGCGAGACGACCCUGACGGGCACGAAUGGGAAGGCGACGGCUACGUCGACGGUUAGUGGGAAGACGACGGUUGAGGCGAAGACGGCGAGUGCGACUGGUACUGGUAGUGGAAGAAAAGGAACGGAUGGAUGGAGGAGUUGUAUGAUGAUGAUGAUACCUGUACCGAGUACUUGAUGAACUAAACUGAACUGAAUUGAAUUGAACAAACCGUCUAUUGUUUAUACUAUACUAAAGUACAUGGUUUACAUCUAUCAUUAUCAUUUAUAAGUAGUCGACGGAUCCUUAUGCAACGACCCAUUCUGAGUCGU